GCCGGCGAGCUUUACUAAAUAUUAUAACCACCGCGGCAAUGUCGGGCAGGUCGGUGCGAGCUGAGACCCGGAGCAGGGCGAAGGAUGACAUCAAGCGGGUCAUGGCCGCUAUUGAGAAAGUACGAAAAUGGGAGAAGAAAUGGGUGACUGUCGGAGACACGUCCCUUCGCAUCUACAAGUGGGUGCCUGUGACGGAGCCCAAAUCAGAUGAUAAGAACAAGAAUAAAAAAAAGGGUAAAGAUGAAAAAUACGGAUCUGAGUUGACGACCCCGGAGAACAGCUCCUCUCCAGGCAUGAUGGACAUGCAUGACGACAACAGCAACCAGAGCUCGAUCGCUGACUCAUCCCCAGUGAAACAGGAGAACAGUUGUAGCACCAGCCCCGCCCCUGAGCCCACCACCUUGUCUCACCGUGAGAACAGCGAGACCAAGACUGACCAGAGCCCGGACAGCAAGAGGGGUAAGCCCGUCCCUUCGUCAGAGACCUCAGAGAGAGCACCAAGUGCCAAGAGAGAGAGCCUGUCCCCAGGAGAGAAGGACUCUCCAGACAGCAAAGCCACUCAGGACCUAGAGGCGGAGACCCCACCCACCAAGAAGAGCAAACUGGAGUCCUCUUCUCCGGACUUUGAGGAGAGUUAAACGUUUGGGGCUGAGUCAUUUCUCCCCCUCCCUCCCUCCCUCUAUCUGUACCUCCCUCCAUUAACUCCUGAUAAUUUAGGGCUAAUGGACACGUCGGCUCUCCUCCCUCUCCUUCCCACCACUCCUUCCUUACCCAAACUUAUCAACACCAAAGGGAGAAUGGGCAUCUCUCUUCCUCCCCCUCUCCCUUCCACCC